AUCGAUACGACCUUUCUUGCAUCCCUAAAACAUCGCGCAGCGUGGCCGAGUAGAAAUUUUUGCGGAAAUUUCCCUUGCAAAUCUUCGCCAGCAGAAAUAGAAAUGUCGGCCCUCAAUCUGACCGUUCGCGUGCACCCGGUGGUGCUCUUCCAGGUGGUGGACGCCUUCGAGCGCCGGAACGCAGACUCGCACCGCGUCAUCGGCACGCUGCUCGGGUCCGUGGACAAGGGAGUGGUGGAGGUGACCAACUGCUUCUGUGUGCCGCACAAGGAGCACGACGACCAGGUGGAGGCCGAGCUCAGCUACGCCCUGGACAUGUACGACCUCAACCGCAAGGUGAACUCCAACGAGAGCGUGGUGGGCUGGUGGGCCACCGGCAACGACGUGACCAACCACAGCUCCGUGAUCCACGAGUACUACGCCCGCGAGUGCAACAACCCGGUGCACCUCACCGUGGACACCUCGCUGCAGGGCGGCCGCAUGGGUCUGCGUGCCUACGUCUGCAUCCAGCUCGGAGUGCCCGGCGGCAAGAGCGGCUGCAUGUUCACUCCCAUUCCCGUCGAGCUGACCAGCUACGAGCCGGAGACCUUCGGCCUGAAGCUGCUCCAGAAGACCGUGGGCGUGUCGCCCGCCCACCGGCCCAAAACCGUGCCGCCCAUGCUGGACCUGGCCCAAAUUUCGGAGGCCUCCACGAAGCUGCAGUCGCUGCUGGACCUGAUCCUCAAGUACGUCGACGACGUGAUCGCCCACAAGGUGACGCCGGACAACGCCGUUGGCCGCCAGCUGCUGGACCUCAUCCACUCCGUGCCGCACAUGACCCACGAGCAGUUCACCCAAAUGUUCAACGCCAACGUGCGCAACCUCCUGCUGGUCAUCACGCUCUCCCAACUCAUCAAAACCCAGCUGCAGCUCAACGAGAAACUUACCUUCCUGCCCACCGCCUAGAAGAGCGUGCGGUAGCGAAGUGGGGAUGUCUACUUACGACAAAAUUGUAAAUGCAGAUUGUGUUGGAUUGUGUUUUCUAUCAAUAAUAAUAAAGUGCUCGGAUCGCCAGAAUAACAAAA